CUCGUCCAUCCACAGCGAUGCCCUGAACCACCUGGGCAUGUCUGGGACUGGGCUGAAAGCCAUGUCCUACAGCCUCCUGGAGCCCAAAGCUUUGAAGGAAGAGCCCUGGGCUGAGGAGUCACAACAUCUGCUGCAGGUCGUGGGAGUAACUUCCAGCUCUCAAGCCAGCGGUGAAGGUCUUUACUUUUGUGAUGGCCGACGGAAAGUGGACUACGUUCUGGUUUACCACUAUAAACGGCACACCUCGCUACGAGCUCCUGCUGGUGUCGCCGUUCCACAGGAUGAGUUGUCCAUCGUCUCAAAUGGCAACUUCCCUCCAACGACGGGCUCGGACGUGGCGCAGGGAAGAGGAGUGGGCCCUCGGAGGGAAGAGGCAGCAAGUGUUGGAGAGGUGUUCAUGGAACUCGGAAACGCAAGAGGAAACGAGCCAAUGGAGGCAGCCGCCCAGGAGAUGCAGCUGAUCAGGCAGGAAUUUGAGGCCAACCUGUUGGAUGCUGGUCUGGAGAUAGAGAGAGACCGGGAGGUGAAGACCCAUGGUCCCAGCUUUACUCGAGUCCAUGCACCUUGGCCUGUGUUGUGCAGAGAGGCCGAGUUCCUCAAGAUUAAAGUCCCCACUAAGACGAGUUAUGAACUCAAAGAAGAAAAGGGUUUUGGGUCUAGUAUGAGCACAAUGUGGAGGAAACUGAACCAGCCGUUCCAGCCCAAAGUGUCUCAUCAGGACCAUGGAAGCACCAAAUUUGUUUCCCACUGCUUCUCCAGGGACAAGCUUCACCUCUACAACAUUGCAUCUAAGGAUACAUUUUUUGACAAUGCCACAAGAGGCAGAAUAGUGUAUGAAAUCCUGAGACGAACAGUUUGUGUGCGUACCUGUCAAACUAUUGGCAUUAGCACAUUGAUAGCCAAAGGGGUGUAUGAUGCAGCCUUCCCUCUUCAUGAUGGUGACUAUAAGGUCACCGGACAACUUGAGGAGCGCAACGACAGACAGGUUCUGCAUGAAGAGUGGGCAAGAUACUCAGCCUUCUACAAGUACCAGCCCAUUGACCUGGUCAGGAAGUACUUUGGAGAGAAGAUUGGCUUGUACUUUGCAUGGCUUGGUGUUUACACUCAGCUGCUCAUCCUGGCAUCCAUAGUGGGAAUCAUUGUGUUUGGCUACGGGGUGGCGACGAUGGAUACUGACAUACCAAGUUUAGAGAUGUGUGACGAUAGUCUCAAUUUCACCAUGUGUCCUCUGUGUGACGGGGCAUGUGACUACUGGCACCUCAGCACCGCCUGUGGCACGGCCAGAGCUUCUCAUCUCUUUGAUAACCCUGCCACCGUCUUCUUCGCCAUCUUCAUGUCCCUGUGGGCUGUGCUGUUCCUGGAGCAGUGGAAGCGUCGACAGAUUAGUUUGAGCUUCAGCUGGGAUCUGACAGGCAUGGAUGAGGAUGAGGAACACCCCAGGCCAAAGUACGAGACCAUCCUUCUUCAGAAACGGCAGAAGAAGCAGGAAAAAAAGAAAAAGAAGAAAAAGAAAGAGCCUGAGAAGCAGGAGGACGGGACAGUGACAGGGAAGGACAGAUGGAGACAAAAGCUGCUGUCUGCCAUGGCUGGAGGAGUACCGGCUGCUCUGUCUGUUCUUCUCUUCCUGUCCCAUCCUCAGGCUGAUACCACUUCUCAGGCUGGCGAAGAUAAGUUGACCUGGAAAGACCGUCUACCUGGAUACCUCAUGAAUGUUUCCUCUAUUCUUUUUAUGGCAAUGUGGCUGACUUAUGUUCCCUGUGUUUGCUUUCUUUGCUUCCAGUUUGGACUGACAUUUUCUGCGGUUUUUGGUGUGAUCAUUUACCGCAUCACAAUUUCAGCCCUGAUGGCGAUGAGCCCCGAUCCCGAGACCAAGUCCAACCUUCGUGUGACGGUAACGGCUACUGCAGUCAUCAUCAACCUUGUGGUGAUCCUGAUUCUGGAUGAAAUCUACGGUUCUGUGGCCCUGUGGCUAACUGAGCUAGAGAUUCCUAAAACAGAAACCAACUUUGAAGAACGCCUCAUCCUGAAAGCCUUCUUACUCAAGUUUAUGAAUGCCUACGCGCCUAUCUUUUAUGUUGCUUUCUUCAAGGGACGGUUUGCAGGUCGACCUGGCAAUUACGUGUAUGUCUUUAAUAAUUAUCGCAUGGAAGAGCCAAAAUAUCUAAAGUGA